AUGCUGCGGGAAGGCACGCAGGUGUUCCUGGAGUUCUCCAUCGACGGGACGGACGCAGGGCGGGUCGUCAUCGAGCUGUUCCCGGACGUCAAGGUCGGUGCGCAGCGGUUCCUGGACCUCGCGGUCGGCCUCGGCGGGGUGCGGUACCGCAACAACAAGGUGCAGGAGUGCGCGGCGGACCACGUCCUGGUCGAGCCGGUGCGCACGCUGCGGUACGGGCAGAGCGAGAGCCCGAUCGCGGGGGGCGAGACCACGCUCGACCUGGACCGCGAGCUCGCGGCCUCGUCGCGAAAGCACGAUGCGGCGGGGCUGGUGUCCUUGGUGGUGAAGGACAGUAGGGACCGAGAGGUGACGUCGCGGCUGAUGGCCGUGAAGGGGCGGCUCGUGAGCGUGGAGGAGGACUCCGGGGGCGAGCGGCCGAACGGGACGGCGUUCGAGAUCACGACCGCCGCGGCGCCGUCGCUCGACGGCGUGAACCUGGUCAUCGGCCGCGUGGUGGCGGGGCAGGACGUCGUGGAGAAGAUCCGGGCGCUGCCGGUGGUGAAGGACAAUUCGGGGUCGCCGUUCUUGCAAGCCGGGAAGCGGAUUGGCGACAAGCGCGCCAAUGUUGCCGAGCGCGUGUUCAACAGGCCCUUCGCGAAGGUCCUGGUCAAGAAGGCGGGGGUAGUAUCGAAUUGA